GAGAUUAGUAGGACCUGGCCCAUCACGGUUGAUGAGAAGUAUCCAAGAUAAAACCCUAUAUGCAUUGAAACCCAUUUUGAUUCUCGAGUCAACCAACAAUAUCUCAACAUGGUCUUAAGCGUGCGUAUCGCGAGCGUUGCGCCUGAAGGGAGUAGAAUUCAAUCGGGCGAUGUUACUGUAGCGGGAGUCUGCCAGCCGCUUUCGCGUCCUGCUAUUGCAGGUUUGCUGGUUGUUAUGACUGCUAUUAUGAAUGAUUUGAUUAAGUUGGCUAUGUUGUAUGAAAGUUCUGCUUCUCUUCGCAACAGGACUCUUGAAGAAUCACAUUUCUCUCUCAUGGCUUCUUGUGUAAGUAGUUCAUUGCCAAUCAAGCAAUCGAAACUUCCUUUGCCAAUCACGCACAGGCGAAGACGCGCUUCGAUUCGAGUGCAGGCCGGAGGACGUCGUUCGGUUCUCUCUGCGUUUAGAAACGCCGAGUCGUGCGUGUGCCCGAAACUCUAGGUCCCGACGCUGGUCAUGUUGUUUGAGUCCCUUCGACAGAGAAAACACUCACACUUAUGCUGGGGAGCUAGUGGGAGUACGUGCGCUACCUGGGCCGACGUUGCUGGCGAGUGGAAAUCGCACAAAGAUCGUUCUGCAGAGAGAGGGUGGAGAGCGGAAUGGAGGUACAACUGACUGUUGUAACAAGUUGUUCCUAUAUAGUACAACGUCAUGAUCAUGAAACAAGUUUGAGUUUUGGAUGGUGAAACAAGUUUACAACGUCUAAUUUGGUACCCUUUAACCACUUUGCAAGCAGGAAACUGUCACAGUCGUGCAAUCAAUUCAUGUUGAAUUAACAAUGUCGUUGAACUACAUCAAGACUUCAAGAAUUACAGGGUCAGUCGUCUCCUUAUUUUCCAAUUAUUCACCACCCCCACAGGUGUUUCCGCCACUACACCGACAUUAGAACUCGAACUCGAUCUUUUUAAACCUCCCCUCACAGGUCCCUCCACCAGCACUGCACCGACAUUAGAACUCGAACUCGCUUGGGAAGCAGGAGCUGUGGAGAGCUACAGCAAAAUCGCUCCACCAGAAUCUGUGCUAAGGGCUUGCGGAACUACAGCUGACGCAGUUGGAGCUGGUAAGGUUGCGUCAACGCUGGCGAGUUUGAUGUAAAAUUGGUUAUCUCGUCUUCGUUACCAUAGAUAGUUACCAUAGCAUGAACGCGGCAUUUUUGCUUAUGGAGUGCUACCUUUUAUCGCCUUUGUUUGCGGAUUCAUGUCAUCGAUGAAUCCCGCUUAAUCUUAUAUAUAUUGUUCACAUAUGUCUAUGCGAAAAAAUCUCUACAAAUUUUGGACAGGUUUUUUUGAUCAUCGCACGAAGGGUGACACAUAUAAUGAUUGAAUAUUGACAGUUUUUGCGACGAGAAUCGAUACCGCAUGUUUGUAAGUAAGUUACUCUGAUGUAAACAACAAACAUACGGGGGAGCUUCAAUUUUUUGCAUGACAUGAUACUUCAUACUCCUACUGAGUUCUUUUACGAUAUUUCGCGGCAUAUUCGAACAUACCAUACUAUGGAUUGUUCUUGACUCGCACAUCAAACGACUUCUUGAGAAUCUAAGAUUUUGGAGACUGAAUUGACAUUGGAACGACCAUGGGCAUAGACCUGAGACAA